AUGUCUACUUCUCUUAGUGACUCACCUUCUUCCCAGAAUAAUGAGGAGUCUACUGAGGAAACGAAACAAGAACGUGCAGCCAUAGAAGAAAAGAUAGUUAACGAAGAAUAUAAAAUAUGGAAGAAAAAUUCGCCGUUUCUAUAUGAUCUGGUCAUCACUCACGCGCUGGAGUGGCCUACGUUAACGUGUCAGUGGUUUCAAGAUAUAGAAAAGCCCGAGGGAAAGGAUUAUACUAUCCAGCGCUUAUUGAUUGGUACUCAUACAUCGGACAAUGAUCAAAAUUAUGUUGAAAUCGCCAAUGUCCAACUUCCUAAAAGUGAUUCCGAUAUCGAUCCUCGAAAAUAUGAAGAAGAAAAAGCAGAAGCAGGUGUGCAUGGUGGCUCAUCCGAAAGUCGAAUCACCGUUGUUCAAAGAAUAAAUCACGACGGUGAAGUUAAUAGAGCGCGAUAUAUGCCUCAGGAUCAAAAUAUAAUUGCAACAAAAACGGUAACAGGAGAUGUCUAUAUAUUUGAUCUUACAAAACAUCCAACUAAACCUCCCGCGGAAGGGGUUUGUAGUCCCGAGUUGAAAUUGCGAGGGCAUACAAAAGAAGGAUAUGGAUUAGCUUGGAAUCCGUUUCAAUCUGGUCACAUUAUAGAUGCUUCAGAAGAUACCACUAUUUGUCAUUGGGACAUCAAUGGAUAUACAAAAGAAACAAUGGAGCCAUAUAGAGUUUAUCAAGGGCAUGAAGCUAUUGUCGAAGACGUUGCGUGGCAUACGGUAAAUAUCUUCGGCUCAGUAGGGGACGAUCAAAAACUUCUCAUUUGGGAUUCACGUGAAAAUUACGACAAACCAGUACAUACAGUCGUUGCUCACCAAAGUGAAGUUAAUAGUUUAGCAUUCAAUCCAUGUAACGAAUACAUUUUGGUGACUGGUGCCGGGGACAAGACCUUAAGCUUGUGGGAUUUACGUAACCUUAAAACCAAGUUACAUACACUUGAACAACAUUCCGGUGAAAUUGUUCAAGUCGAAUGGUCACCUCAUGAUGAAACAAUCCUCGCAUCUGCUGCAGGUGAUCGUAGGGUUAAUAUAUGGGAUUUAAGUAGGAUUGGUUCGGAACAAACUGCUGAGGAUGCUGAAGAUGGACCACCGGAGUUAUUGAUUUCAGAUUUUAGUUGGAAUCCUCACCUUCCAUGGGUCGUUGCUAGCACCGCAGAAGAUAAUAUUAUACAAGUGUGGCAACCAGCUGCAAAUAUCUACACUAUCGAUGAAAGGGAAAUCCCAGCCGACGAAUUAGAAGAUUAA